AUAAUAAUAAAUUUUUAUAUUCAAACUGUCACGAUAAUGCAUGUUGCAGGUUUUAAUAAAUCGAAGACAUUGUCAGUAGCCGAGGUGAAAGGCUGGCCAGGCACAACAGACGUGUCGGGCACUCUACAGAGUAUCAUCAGGCUUUGGGACAUGUAUGACCUUGACCUUCCAGGUCUAAUACGCGGUCAAAUUCUCCACACCAAAACUGACCCUCUUACAGACCGGGAGGUGCUGGAUAUUGCGGAAACACUGUGCGAAUCGGGAGAUAAAUACUGGGGCAUAUUGUGGCUGAUCGCGUUAUCAGAGAGGAAGCAAACAGGACAAUAUAACGGCGAUGGAAGUUUACCCGAGGAAUUCAUUAACUCUCGACUAGCACUGUAUUACAGCCAGUAUGGCAUGCCAUGGAAAUCGGUGGAAACUCUUGAAAAAUUCCAGAUAAACGGCUCAACGGAAAUGCGGGCGAACUAUGAUUAUUUCAAGUCCCGUGCAGCAGAGACGGAGCGGAGGACGUUUUCGCCGCCCCCUAACGAUGAUAUGGACGUAAUGUACAAGGAACUGUGUAACCGGAAUAAUCAGACUCGGUCAUAUUUAUCGACCCUAAGAUGCUAUUUAACGAAGACCACAGUUCCAUUUAUUCGAGGGAAGGAAGAAGUUCUUAAUCGCAAUCCAAGAAUUUCGUUGUUCCACGAUGUUAUAUCGAAAUCUGACAUUGAACAAUUAAAAGCUGAUGCUUCUAAACAUUUCCUCGACUCUUCCGUGGCCCUGACAACUGGACCCGUGACGGAUACCCUAACCAGGGUGAGCCAAACACACUGGAUGUUGGAUGACGAAUUCAUCCUCCGUUUAGCAUGGAAGAUAAAACUUAUAACUGGAUUGAGCAAUACGCAAAAAAUGCGGUGCAGUGACUCCGAACCAUUACAGGUCCUGAAUUACGGCUCCGGGGGCAUGUAUAGGCCACAUCUCGACCCAAUGGAAGACGCCAAAAUACCUAAAUUCCUUGUCGGUUCUGGCGAUAGAGUGGCGACGUGGAUGUUUUACUUAAGUUCUGUGACAGCAGGUGGCGCCACAGUGUUUCCGCGCCUGCGCGUGCGCAUACCAGUGGUGGAGGGAGCGGCAGCAUUCUGGUACAAUUUAUUAGACGACGGCCAGGUAAACCGCCGGACUCUUCACGCGGGUUGUCCCGUACUGCUCGGAUCGAAAUGGGUUGCCAACAGGUGGAUACACAGUAAUGCCCAGAUGUUCAUCAGACCAUGUAUACCAAGGAAGUAAAAUUAUUAUAUUUUACCGCUUAAGUUUCAGAAUAUUCCAGACCGGUUUAAUUCGUUAUUGUCUGUUUUUUUCGGAUUUACAAUCCAUCAACAGCUAGGGUUAUGUAGGGCCAAACAAAGUACUAUUGCUUUAUUUUAUUUGUGUUUACAAUCCGAUAAAUGUGUUCA